AUGCCAAUGCUAGCCAUGGACGCGGCCACCGGCAUGGACAGCGGCGGCGUUCUACUGCUCCUUCUCGUCCUGCUCGCCGGUGUCGUCGCGACUUUCGUUCGGUCGUGUCGGUCGUCGGGUGAUGGUGGAACCGCACCGAGCCCACCGUCGCUCCCGCUGCUGGGCCACCUCCACCUGAUCAAGAAGCCGCUGCACCGCUCGCUGGCCAAGCUGGCCACCUCGGCGCACGGCGGGGCCUUGAGGCCGCUCGUAUCGCUGAGGCUGGGGACGCGCCCGGCGCUCCUCGUGUCGACGCAUGCCGCCGCCGAGGAGUGCUUCACGGCGCAUGACGCCGCCCUGGCGGGGCGGCCGCGGCUGCUCGUGGGGAAGCACCUCGGCUACAACUACACGGCGCUCACCUGGGCCUCCCACAGCGCCCACUCGGGCGUCCUGCGUCGGUUCCUAGCCGGCAAGCUCUUCUCGGCGCCCCGCCUCGAUGAACGGACGGCAGACCGACGUGCCGAGGUCACGUCCCUCGUGGUCAAUCUGCUCCAGGACUCAGCGGCAGCAGGCGGCGGCGGCGCGGCGGUCACCAUCCGCCCUAGGCUCUUUGAGCUGGUGCUGAACGUGAUGCUGCGCGCGGUGACGGCGCACGGGCACUCCGGCGAAUUGGGCAGGUUCCAGGAGUUCGUCGAGGAGUCGUUUAAGGUGGUCGGCGCGCCCAGCAUCGGGGACUUCUUCCCGGCGCUGCGGUGGGUCGACCGCCUACGCGGCAUCGACGCGGCGCAUGCGAGGCUGCAGGCGAGGCGUGAUGCGUUCGUCGGAGGCCUCGUCGACGACCACAGACGAAGGCGCAGCAAGGCCGGCGGUGGACACACGACCAGCGUCAUCGACGAGCUCUUGGCGCUACAAGAAGCCGAUCCCGAGUACUACACUGACAACGUCCUCAAAGGCAUCGUCUUGGUACUGUUCAGCACCGGGACUGACACGACGGCGCUGACCAUCGAGUGGACGAUGGCGCUGCUGCUGACGCACCCGGAGGCGCUGCAGAAGGCGAGGGACGAGAUAGACGCCAACGUCGGCACGGGACGGCUUGUCGAGGAGUCCGACAUGGCCAACCUCCCCUACCUGCAAUGCGUCCUGAAGGAGAGCCUCCGGUUGUGCCCCGUCGGCCCGCUCAUCCCGGCGCACGAGGCCAUGGAGGACUGCACGGUGGGCGGCUUCAAGGUCCGGCGCGGCACGAUGAUCCUCGUCAACUCGUGGGCGAUCAACCGGGACGCCAGCCUCUGGGACUCUCCAACAGAGUUCAUGCCAGAGAGGUUCCUCGACACGGCCAAGCCCGCGCCCAUGAUGCCGUUCGGGCUUGGCCGGAGGCGGUGCCCCGCGGAAGGGCUGGCGAUGCGCAUUCUCGGCCUGACGCUCGCGGCGCUCGUGCAGUGCUUCCAGUGGGAUGCCGGGAAAGGUCGUGUCAUUGACAUGGCCGAAGGUGCCGGUCUAAGCAUGCCUAUGGCCACGCCGUUGGCUGUUGUGUGCCGGCCCCGGGAAUUUGUCAAGGAUUUUCUCUCUGCUUCCACUUGA